AUGACUGAUGGCGAGAGAAGACAGCCCUUGCAGCCGCUGGCUAGCGACGAGGUCCGGGUGCCCAUCGCGUCGGUCCAGGCAGCCCAGCCUGGGGAGGAAGAGGAGGAGGAUGCGGCCAGCGGCAGCAAGUCUCUCCAGGGCAGCGUGGCCUCGGGGGCGUCCUCUGCCCGGGAACGGGAGCUGGAGCGUGAGCGCGCGCCGGAGCCAGCGCCGGAACCGGAGCAGGAGCCGGAGCCCGCGACCGAGACUGAGCAAGAGCCGGAGCCGGAGCUGGGCGCAGCAGACGAGGAACAAGUCCCCUACCCAGCUCUGGCCGCCACCGUCUUCUUCUGCCUCAAGCAGACUUCGCGGCCGCGGAGCUGGUGCCUCAGACUGGUCUGUAACCCCUGGUUCGAGCAUGUUAGCAUGCUGGUGAUCCUUCUGAACUGCGUGACCUUGGGUAUGUUCCAGCCAUGCGAGGAUGUGGAAUGUCAAUCAGAACGCUGUAACAUCCUGGAGGCAUUUGAUGACUUCAUCUUUGCCUUCUUUGCGGUGGAAAUGGUCAUAAAGAUGGUCGCCCUGGGGAUUUUUGGACAGAAGUGUUACCUGGGAGACACAUGGAACCGUCUAGACUUCUUCAUCGUCAUGGCUGGCAUGAUGGAAUAUUCUCUGGAUGGACACAAUGUCAGCCUUUCUGCUAUCCGGACCGUUCGCGUUCUCCGGCCACUCAGAGCCAUUAAUAGGGUGCCAAGCAUGCGGAUCCUGGUGACGCUGCUGCUGGACACACUGCCCAUGCUGGGCAAUGUCCUGCUUCUCUGUUUCUUCGUUUUCUUCAUCUUUGGCAUUGUGGGUGUGCAGCUCUGGGCUGGACUUCUGAGGAACAGAUGCUUCCUAGACAACAACUUUGCCAGGAAUAACAACCUGACCUUCCUGAACCCCUAUUACCAAACAGAAGAAGGUGAAGAGAACCCAUUCAUUUGUUCUUCACACCGUGACAAUGGUAUGCAGAAGUGUUCCCACAUCCCCAUCCGCCGGGAGCUACGGGUAGAAUGCACACUAGGCCUAGAGGCUUACAGCCGCUCGUUGGAAAGUCCUGAUGGUGGUGGCCGAAACUCCUGCAUCAACUGGAACCAAUACUACAAUGUGUGCAGGACUGGUGACCUCAACCCGCACAAUGGAGCCAUCAACUUUGACAACAUUGGCUAUGCCUGGAUCGCUAUCUUCCAGGUUAUAACCCUGGAAGGCUGGGUUGACAUCAUGUAUUAUGUCAUGGAUGCACAUUCUUUUUAUAAUUUUAUAUAUUUUAUAUUGCUAAUAAUCGUGGGCUCUUUCUUCAUGAUAAACCUGUGCCUAGUAGUGAUCGCCACGCAGUUCUCGGAGACGAAGCAGCGCGAGAACCAGCUGAUGCAGGAGCAGCGGGCCCGCUACCUCUCCAACGACAGCACGAUCGCCAGCUUCUCCGAGCCCGGCAGCUGCUAUGAGGAACUGCUCAAGUACAUCGGCCACAUCUUCCGCAAAGUGAAGCGCCGGACCCUGAGGCUCUACGCCGCCUGGCAGAAGAAGCGCCGGGAGAAGGUCAACCCCAACGGCGCCCUCCAUGGACAGGGGGUCGGGCGCCGCGGCCGCAAGCGGGUCCCCUCCAUCCACCACCUGAUUCACCACCAUCACCACCACCACCAUCACCACUACCACAUCAGCAACGGGAGCCCCAGGGGUCCCUGCGGGAGCCCCGAGGUCCGUGGGGACCUGGAGCCCAGAGCGGGGAAGUCGGGGACCCGGCUCAUGCUGCCCCCUCCCCCGUCUCCCGGGCCACAAGGGCUCCCAUCCCCAGCCCAUGAUGCCGAGCCAGUUCACAGCAUCUACCAUGCCGAUUGCCACGUGGAAGCCCCCCAAGAUCAGGGUGGCCGAGUGUCCCGGGCUGCCACCGCUGGGCUCAAGCUGGCCACUGGACUUGGUGGCAUGAACUACCCCACCAUCCUGCCUUCGGCUGCUGGGGGCAAGGGUACUUUGGCCCUGGGGCCUGUGGGGAAGAAGGGCAGUGGGCCGCCUGUCCCAGUAGUGAACAGCAGUCCUGUGAGUUUGAGUGCUGAUGCCUAUGGGAAGCUGCAACACUUGGUUGGGGAACAUGGCCUCUGCAGGGCUCCGAGCCGCCUGUCAGGCCUGAACGUGCCCUGUUCCCUGCCCAGCCCCCAAGCUGCCAUGCUGACAUGUGAACUGCAGAAUUGCCCAUACUGUGCCCACAUCUUGGAGGACCCUGAGUUUGAGUUGAGCGAGUUGGAGAGCUACGACUCAGACACCAAUGGUGUUUAUGAGUUCACCCAAGACCUCCGGCAUGGAGACCAUCGAGACCCCAUCCAGCAGCCCCCGCAGACCCCAGCCCAGAGCGGAUCGAGGCGGCGAGGAGGGGCCCACAGAAAGAAGGUGGUGGGGGACCGAAGUGGGGUGGCCUGUCUCUGGGCGGCCUUUGGAAACAAACUCAAGCGAAUUGUGGAAAGCAAGUACUUCAAUCGGGGAAUCAUGAUCGCCAUCUUGAUCAACACCCUCAGUAUGGGCAUAGAACACCAUGAGCAGCCAGAAGAGUUGACCAACGCCUUGGAGAUCAGCAACAUCGUCUUCACUAGCAUGUUUGCCCUGGAGAUGCUCUUGAAGUUGUUGGCUUUUGGGCUCCUGGGCUACAUCAGGAAUCCUUACAACAUUUUUGAUGGCAUCAUCGUUGUUAUCAGUGUCUGGGAGAUUAUCGGGCAGUCAGAUGGAGGCCUAUCUGUACUCCGGACCUUCAGGCUCCUUCGAGUGCUGAAACUGGUACGGUUCAUGCCAGCCCUCCGACGACAGCUGGUGGUGUUGAUGAAGACCAUGGACAAUGUGGCCACCUUCUGUAUGCUGCUGAUGCUGUUCAUCUUUAUCUUUAGUAUCCUGGGCAUGCACCUCUUCGGGUGUAAAUUCAGCUUGAAAACUGACACUGGAGACACCGUCCCGGACAGGAAGAACUUUGACUCCUUGCUGUGGGCCAUUGUCACUGUGUUCCAGAUCCUCACCCAAGAAGACUGGAAUGUUGUGCUUUAUAAUGGUAUGGCCUCCACCUCAUCUUGGGCUGCUCUCUACUUUGUGGCCCUGAUGACCUUUGGCAACUACGUGCUGUUCAACCUACUGGUGGCCAUUCUAGUGGAGGGCUUCCAGGCAGAGGGAGAUGCAAAUAGAUCUGACACAGAUGAGGACAAGACAUCAGCCAACUUUGAGGAAGAUUUUGAAAAGCUGAGAGACUUACGUGCCACAGAGAUGAAGAUGUAUUCACUGGCAAUGACGCCCAACGGGCAUCUGGAGGGCCGUGGCAGCCUGCCUCCACCCCUCAUCAUGCGUACUGCAGCUACACCCAUGCUGACGCCCAAGAGCUCCCCCAAUGUGGAUUCUGUCCCCAACCUCCUGGACUCUCGCAGAGGCAGCAGUGUCUCUGUGGAUCCCCAGCACUACGACCAGAAGUCAAUGUCCAGCCUACGCAGCUCUCCCUGUGCCAACUGGGGCCCCAAUAGUACAUGGGGCAGCAGGCGCUCCAGCUGGAACAGCCUGGGCCGGGCGCCCAGCUUAAAGAAGAAGAGCCAAUGUGGGGAGCGCGAGUCCCUACUCUCUGGGGAGGGCAAAGGCAGCACAGAUGACGAGUCAGAUGAUGCCAAACCAGGCUCAGCAGGCCGGGCAUCCCAACUGCGCCGAGCCGAGUCCCUGGACUACCGAAGUACAUUGGACCUGCGAGAAGGACUCCAACGGCUGUCCCCACGCCCAACUGCCCUGCUGCCCCUAGAGUACCAGGACUGCAAUGGGCAGAUGGUGCAUAUGCCCAGUGAGUUCUUCCUGCGCAUUGACAGCCACAAGGAGGACCCUUCAGACUAUGAUGAUGACAUGGAUGAUAGCUAUUGCUUCCGACUGAAAAAGAUGUUGGAACCCUAUAAGCCUGAAUGGUGUAAGACCCAUGAAGACUGGUCCUUCUACCUGUUCUCACCUCAGAACCGGGCCCGGGUCACUUGUCAGAAGGUCAUUGCCCACAAGAUGUUUGACCAUGUGGUCUUGGUGUUCAUCUUUCUCAAUUGCAUCACAAUAGCCCUGGAACGCCCUGACAUUGAUCCUAAUAGCACGGAGCGGGUCUUUCUGAGUGUUUCCAAUUACAUCUUCACAGCAAUCUUCGUAGCUGAAAUGAUGGUGAAGGUGGUGGCCCUGGGCUUUUUCUCUGGGGAGAACAGCUACCUGCAGAGCAGCUGGAAUGUGCUGGAUGGACUGUUGGUCUUUGUCUCCAUCAUUGAUAUCAUUGUCUCCAUGGCUUCAGCUGGUGGGGCCAAGAUCCUGGGCAUCCUCCGGGUCCUGCGAUUGCUGAGGACACUGAGACCACUUCGGGUUAUCAGCCGAGCCCCAGGCCUUAAGUUGGUGGUGGAGACCUUGAUAUCAUCCCUUAGGCCCAUUGGAAAUAUUGUCCUCAUCUGUUGUGCCUUCUUUAUCAUCUUUGGUAUUCUUGGGGUUCAGCUUUUCAAGGGUAAAUUUUAUUAUUGCGAUGGACCAGACACUCGAAACAUUACCACCAAAGAUGACUGCUGUGCAGCCCAUUACCGCUGGAUCCGGCGCAAGUACAACUUUGAUAACCUAGGUCAGGCUCUUAUGUCCCUUUUUGUGCUCUCGUCCAAGGAUGGCUGGGUGAACAUCAUGUAUGAUGGCCUGGAUGCCGUGGGCAUCAACCAACAGCCCAUCCAGAACCACAACCCCUGGAUGUUGCUGUACUUCAUCUCCUUCCUGCUCAUCGUCAGCUUCUUUGUCCUGAACAUGUUUGUGGGCGUGGUGGUGGAGAAUUUCCACAAGUGCCGGCAGCAUCAGGAGGCGGAGGAAGCCCGACGGAGGGAGGAGAAGAGGCUCCGGCGGCUGGAGAAGAAGCGUAGGAGUAAGGCGAUAUACGUGUCCGGCACCCUCCCUAAUACAGAGGCCCAGCGUAGGCCAUACUAUGCUGACUACUCACCCACCCGGAGGUCCAUCCACAGCCUGUGUACUAGCCACUACUUGGACCUGUUUAUUACCUUCAUCAUCGGAGUCAAUGUGAUCACCAUGUCUAUGGAGCACUACAAUCAGCCCAAGUCCCUGGAUGAAGCCCUGAAGUACUGCAACUAUGUCUUCACCAUUGUCUUCGUCUUUGAGGCGAUGUUGAAACUGGUGGCCUUUGGAUUCCGUCGUUUCUUCAAGGACAGGUGGAAUCAGCUCGACCUGGCCAUAGUGCUUCUUUCCAUCAUGGGCAUCACCUUGGAGGAAAUCGAGAUGAAUGCAGCCUUGCCCAUUAACCCUACCAUCAUCCGAAUCAUGCGUGUGCUCCGCAUUGCUCGAGUACUGAAGCUACUGAAAAUGGCCACUGGGAUGAGGGCCCUACUGGACACGGUGGUUCAGGCACUGCCCCAGGUAGGGAACCUUGGCCUGCUUUUCAUGCUCCUGUUUUUUAUCUAUGCUGCCCUGGGAGUGGAGUUGUUUGGAAAGCUGGAUUGCAGUGAAGAUAACCCAUGUGAGGGCCUAAGCAGACACGCCACCUUCACCAAUUUCGGCAUGGCCUUCCUCACUCUCUUCAGAGUGUCUACAGGGGACAACUGGAAUGGAAUCAUGAAGGACACGCUGCGGGAGUGUGCCCGUGAGGACAAGCACUGCCUGAGCUACCUGCCCAUCAUCUCGCCCGUCUACUUCGUCACCUUCGUCCUGGUGGCCCAGUUCGUGCUGGUCAAUGUGGUGGUGGCUGUGCUGAUGAAGCACCUGGAAGAAAGCAACAAGGAGGCCCGUGAGGAUGCAGAGAUGGAUGCUGAGAUUGAACUGGAGAUGGCACAGAGCAGCUCCGCUCCCACCGCUGUGGCCCGAGGCCCGGGGCCUCCCCCUGGCCCAGAUGGUCGGCCACCCAAAGGGGGCCGCCAGGCUGGGAGCCCUGAGUCUGCAGGGUCCACGAAGCAGCAAGCUCUGGAAGGCACUGGCUCUUCCAGGGAGUCCCGAAACCUUCUUGUGGUACACAAGGUUGCUGUGUCCAGGAUGCACUCCCUACCCAAUGACAGCUACAUGUUCCGGCCUGUGGUGCCAGCCACAACCCCAAACACACUGCAGGAGGUGGAGAUGGAGACCUACCCAGCGACAGCCCCAACAGGUUCAAAAAGAACUCUGGAGACCCUGGAAGAGGAGAAAGAGAAAGAAAUGACAAAGAUGGCAAGGAAUGGCAAGUUUUUAGGCAAGGCUUCUGAAUAUGGCUACAACUUGAGAGAACAGAAGCUCUGGUGGAGGACAGGAUAA